UCAAACCUCCUCUCUUUCCGCUCCUUUCCACACGUUUCUGCUUAGUAAGGCACGUGCGCACCACGGGUGCACCACGUGCUUCUCGCCCUCGCGGCUCCUCGCGUCCCACCCAUGGCGACUACCACGCAUCCUAGUGCCUCCCUCCGCGUUUCCCGCUCCUGUCUUAACCAGACCAUCGUUUCUGGUUCCCGCCGCGCCAGCCGCCUCCGCCCCUGUCCCCUCUCUCCUCUUCCGCGCGUCCCCCUCUCCGCGACGGUUCCCCGCACCCCCGAACUCCGCGCACGGUUUCUCCGCGCGCCUACCCGCGCAACGGGGGGUAGUAGCUGGCGACCCGCCAAGGGCCCUUCGGACGACGAUGACGUGGCAGGAUUAUAUUCGUUGAGGACAAACGCGUCGAGUUCAGGGUCGCGGGGAGAGGAACGAGGCGCGGGAGCGCGGAAGGGGGAGAUGUUUUUCCCGCGGGCAAAACAGCAGGGGAGCAGCGGCGGGUGGAGAGAGAUCAGGGGGGGGAGAGAACACAGCAGCGCGGAAAUGCCGGGGAUUGGGCCUCGUUAGGGAGGCGGGGGAAUGGCGGUUAUCUUCGAGUAGUACUAGCAGUAGUCAAGGAUUGGACUACGAUUUAGACCCGCCAAGAAGCAGAUCCGGUUAUCGUUAUAACUACCACACAGGCGACGAAGACCCAGAAGCUAGUAAAGAGGACACCGCCUACCAGUACUCACCCUCCCCCCGCGCCACCAUCCCCCCGCUCCCCUCCCUCCGCACCCCGUCCACUCCCCCGCUCCAGCGCCCAUCCCCCCCUUCACCGCGCCAAUCCUCCUCCGCUCCUUCCCGCUCCUCCCUUCCGCCUCCCCCGCGCUCCCCGCCUCCCCCUCCCCUCCGCCUCCGCCGCGGGCGCCGCCGCCGCCGCCGCGGCCGUCGAACCCGUUCGCGUCAGUGAGCAAGUUCGCACUAGCGGGUGUGUUCUUACUGGGGAUAGGCGCAGGCGUGUCGGUGGACACGGUGCUGAACGUGGAGCCGAGCAACGUGGCGAGCAGAGAGGUGAUCGACAGGCAGACGCCCAACCCGGACAUCUGCCUGGCCAAUGGCAUGAGCGCCAUGGUGCUGGACCAACGGCUGUUUAUUUCCUUCAAUCCAUUCAACGUUUACGUCUCUCAAGCAGAGGUGAAGCCCGGGUGUGUGCUGCGGCAGAGCAACUGGCACGUGCUGGAGUCAAAGGGGCUCAUCUCGUCGGACGAGGUGCGGGACUGCAAGCGCAACAUGAACACGUUUGGGUUCGUGGGCGACCUGAGGGAGUCCCCUGAGGUGUCUUGUGUGUACCACAGCGAGACAGCUGAGAACCUGUUUCUGGAAGAUGCCAGCAAGUCCAAGAUCCGGAUUGGGGGGAGUCAGUAGGAAAAGGGAGACACUUGAGGGGAGGGGAAACUUAGGGGAUGGGGAGAGAGACUGUAAGAGAAACAUGAAUGCGUUCGGGUUUGUGGGGAGUUGGGGAGUCUCCCUCUCCUGACGCGUCAUGUGUGUUGCAGCAGAGCGCUAUCACAAUUUAUCUUGAUGUGUAAAGCUGCUACGAGGCACAUUCUCCCAGGCUCCAUUGUGUAUCGUUCAUGCCAAGA